GGCCCGGGUUCCCCCGGCCAGGGCCCGCGCCUGGGCUGCGCCGCGCUCCGCAACGUGUCUGGCGCGCAGUACGUGGGCUCCGGCUACACCAAGGCCGUAUACCGGGUCCGCCUGCCCGGCGGCGCCGCCGUGGCGCUGAAGGCGGUGGACUUCAGCGGCCACGAUCUGGGCAGCUGCGUGCGCGAGUUCGGGGCUCGGAGGGGCUGUUAUCGGCUGGCGGCCCACAAGCUGCUCAAGGAGAUGGUGCUGCUGGAGCGGCUGCGGCACCCCAACGUGCUGCAGCUCUAUGGCUACUGCUACCAAGACAGUGAGGACAUCCCAGACACCCUGACUACCAUCACGGAGCUGGGUGCCCCUGUGGAAAUGAUCCAGCUGCUGCAGACUUCCUGGGAGGAUCGAUUUCGGAUCUGCCUCAGCCUUGGCCGCCUCCUCCACCACCUGGCCCACUCUCCCUUGGGCUCGGUCACUCUCUUGGACUUCCGCCCUCGGCAGUUUGUGCUGGUGGAUGGGGAGCUGAAGGUGACAGACCUGGAUGAUGCCCGAGUGGAGGAGACGCCAUGUACCAGCAGUGCUGACUGCACGCUCGAGUUUCCAGCCAGGAACUUCACUCUGCCCUGCUCAGCCCAGGGCUGGUGUGAGGGCAUGAAUGAGAAGAGAAAUCUCUACAAUGCCUACAGGUUUUUCUUCACAUACCUCCUGCCCCACAGUGCCCCACUCUCGCUCAGGCCUCUGCUGGACAGCAUCGUCAAUGCCACAGGCGAGCUCACCUGGGGCGUGGACGAGACCCUGGGCCAGCUGGAGGCCGUGCUGCACCUGUUCCGGAGCGGGCAGUAUCUGCAGAACUCCACGACAAGCAGCAGCAUCGAGUACCAGCGUAUCCCAGACAGCACCAUCCCACAGGAAGACUACCGCUGUUGGCCAUCCUAUCACCAUGGCAGCUGCCUCCUGUCUGUGUUCAACCUGGCUGAGGCUGUGGAUGUAUGUGAGAGCCAUGCUCAGUGCCACGCUUUUGUGGUCACCAACCAGACUACCUGGACAGGUCGAAAGUUGGUCUUUUUCAAGACUGGAUGGAGCCAAGUGGUCCCGGAUCCCAGCAAAACCAUAUAUGUGAGAGCCCCUGGCUGAUCUGUGAAGAGUUCAGCUGACCAGCUGACCAUCCUCACCAGGUGGGCUUGCCUGUGGUGCAAGUAACAUGCACUAGAGGCCCUGCCUGUCACCUGGGAAUCCCUGCAAACAAGGCUGACAUCCCAGACAGACCGAUGUGACCAGGACAAAUGUGCAAUAAUGCAACAUGUUAAAAUGUGAGUUUGCCAGCUUAGGUCUGAGACUGCUGGCUCCCAGACUGCAAUGACUGGUUGAGAGACUGAUUGCCUUUCCUGAGCUCUGGGCUGCGAGCAAGGCUCAGGCUCGUCUGAACUGGGACAGUUCAUGGUGUGAGAAUGUAGCCAGAGCCCUGCUACUGCUGCUGCUGCUGCUACCGCUACCGCCACUGCCACUACUGCCACAUGCCAUGGCGGGCGGAGGCUGCGUGGGGACAAUCAGUCAUGGAAUGUUCUCUCAGAUCCAGAUGGGAGACUGGUGAAGGGGGUGCUCCCAGGUAGAGAUGAUCCCAUUCCUGCAGAGUCUGCCUCUGUUCUCCUGACAGGGGGCGCUCCCAGGCCAGCCUAGGGGUCGGGGCAGCAGCACACACGACCAUAUGAGCCAAGAUAAGAGUGGAGGAGCAGGUUGCGUUUGAGCCAGGACCUGGGGUGGGGGUUGAGCCAGGGCCUUUCUGCCUCAUUUGCUUUCAGUGAAAGCCACAAAGCAGCCCAAACCAGGCUCUCCCUCUCCUGGAUUUUGUAUAUCCAGAAGCUUUUGUACUUCUUGUCCAUUAAAUUGUUUAUUUUUGUAAAAAACAAAACAAAAACAAAAAUUAAGCCGCUAAUAAAAUGACAUU